AUGAACAAUAAACAUGUUCUUAAAGAAAAUAUUGAAUUGCCUUCUAGAAAACUUCAAAUCCGUCUUGAUCUUAAAAGAAGCUCAAUUUACUUGGUUUAUGAUAAAGGUGAAAAUAUGUCAUAUGUAUAUAAUCCAAGAAACCAGUUACUUCUACCCCUAACCUUGCAUCCAUCUGGUCAAAUGCCCUACUGGAAUAAUAAUUCAACUGCAACCAUUUUGGAUGUUGCAUCAUCAAUUAAAAACAAAAUAACAUUAAAUGAAAAAGAUAUGACAAGGUGGAAUUUGGAACAAUUCACAAUUUGA